AUGGCCGUGUCCCUUGGAGGGAUCCCCGCUGAGCUGCAAGAGGGCAUCACCACCUUCCUGGGGACAAAGAAGGUGGUCCUGGUGAUGAGCGUCCAGCUGCAGGUGAAAUCCAAGUACGACGACUAUAUCUUGGUGCUGACGCCCUGGCGAGCCUACGUGCUGCCAGUGAUGCUGCCAGUGAGGGUUCACAGCAGCUUCAGCUUCCUGGAGGUGAGGGAGAUGACGGUGCGAGAGCCCAGCUUGGUUGUCAUAGAAACGGAUGCAGCAUCUUACGCCUUCCGGUUCAUGUCCUUUGAUGAUUUGGAGCAAGUUGUCAUCCAUGUCACCAUGUCACUUAAGAAGGUCUUUCCAGACUCAUCCCCUGGGACACUGCUCAAGAACUCCCCCCCCAACCUGUACGAGAGGAUCCGGCGGAUCACGGACUCGCUGGAGGAAAUGCUGCAGAGCAGCCCCGGGCCCUGCGGAGGGUUUUCGCUGACCUAUGCUGCUUUAUGUGAUUACAACGGCUUUGCCUUCCGCGAGGAGAUCCAGUGGGACGUGGACAACAUCUACCACAGCCAGGACUGCCGGGAGUUCAACCUGCUGGACUUCAGCCACCUGGAGAGCCGAGACAUGGCACUGAGUGUCGCCGCCUUGUCCUUCAACCUGUGGUUCACCAAGCUCUCCUGCAAGGACUUCAGGCUGAACCAGGAGAUUUCGGAGCAGCUGCUCUACAUGCUCAGCAAAUCGGUGACGCUGGAGGAGCUGGUGCUGGAAAACAGCGGGUUGAAAGCUGACUUCGUGCAGAGGAUGGCCCAGGCGCUCAGCAACCAUCCCGACUCUGUCCUGCACACCAUCAACCUUGCUGGCAACCAGCUGGAAGACAGAGGGAUCGUUGCCUUCAGCUGGCACGUGGAGAAGAGUCCCAAGGGUCUGCAGAGCCUCAGCUUGGCUAGGACGAUGCUCACUGCCAAAGGGAUGAGCACGUUGUGCAAGGCCCUCGCAGAUAACAAAGCCAUCGGAUCCUCCCUCCGGCACUUGGACCUCUCCGGAAACCCCGGCACCCUGGCUGGGGACGACAGCAGCAAUCUGCAGAGCCUCCUGCGCCAGUGCCACUCGCUCUCCCACCUCAGCCUGGCCGGCACGGACUGCCCUUUGGAUGCUCUCUUUGGAGCCCUGGUCCACGGAUGCCACGCCAGCCUCGUCCAUCUGGAUCUCUCCAAAAACGUCUACUCCCACAAGAGGGUGAAAACCAUCUCCCCUGACAUCAAGGAGUUUUUCAGCCAGGCCUGUGCCCUCAGGCACGUCUCCCUGGCAGGUACCAAGCUGCCAGCGGAUGCUGUAAGGGCGUUGCUGCAAGGGCUGGCAGACAACAGUCACAUCAGUGACCUGCACCUGGACCUUAGCAACUGCGAGCUGAGAUCAGCGGGGGCCCAGGUCAUCCAGGAUCUCAUCCCUCACGCCAGCUCCAUCAGUGACCUGGACUUGUCUGACAACGGCUUCGACCCCGACAUGGUGACGCUGGUGCUCUCCAUCGGCAGAAGCAAGUCCAUUAGGCACGUCUCUCUGGGGAAAAACUUCAACAUCAAAUCCAAGGAUGGGCUGUUGGACGUCCUGCACCGCAUCGUCCAGCUCACCCAGGAGGACGACUGCCCUCUCCAGUCCCUGUCCGUGGCCGAAUCGCGCCUCAAGCUGGGAACCAACGUCCUGCUGAGUGCCCUGGGCAGUAACACCAGUCUCAUCGCUCUGGACAUCAGCGGCAACGCCAUGGGGGACACGGGGGCCAAGAUGCUAGCCAAGGCCCUGCAGAUCAACACGAAGCUCAGGACCGUGGUUUGGGACAGGAACAACACAACCGCCCAUGGUCUCCUGGAGGUGGCUCAAGCUUUGGAGAGGAAUUACACCCUCAAGUCGAUGCCCUUGCCGAUGAGCGACGUGGCGCAGGCAUACCGCAGCAACCCCGAGAAAACGGAGGAGGCGGUGCACAAGCUCCAGUCCUGCCUGACGAGGAACCAGCUGCGGCGCACGCUGCCCACGCAGACCUUCCGCCUGCAGCAGGGCAUCCUCACCACCUCUUCUGAACAGAUGGUGAACGAGAUCUGUCUGAGCGUGCAGAAGCAUGUCGACAUCCUCAGCGCCUGCCCGGGCAGGGAGGCGGAGGCGGACAUCCUCUGCGCAGAGGAGGCCAUCAGGAACGCCAACCUCUCCGUCAGUAUCCUGCCCCUCUUGUACGAAGCGGGAAACACCCCGUACCAGAACGGCAAGCUGCAGCACAAGCUGGAGUGUCUCACAGAGGAAGCAUCACAGAUCUGCGGCCGGGAGAUCCAGGCGAUCAUGCAGGCGGCGCUGGACACGGCGCACAGCCUCUGCCCAGCCGUGGUGCAGAAGAGCGGGGUCAGGGACCAGCUGGUCAACGCCAUGUCGGAGCGGAUCUACCUCCAGGACCACCUCAACCUCAGCGCCGUCCUGGACCAGAUGAUCACCGAUGUCUUCAGCAAGCUGAAUGAAAUCAAGUUGUCCGUCACAGCUGCCGUGGCCGACUGCAUCGUGGAUGCCGUGCUGGGCGACCUGACCGUCGCCCAGUGCAAGCUGGCAGAGAGCCUCCCCAAGCAGGGGCUCGACCUCCAGGCGCUGCUGCCGGAGCUGGCUGAGGACGAUGCCACCGCACCGGCAAGGGGCAGGAAUCCUCCGGACCUCACCACGGAGGAGUACAAGAUGGCCCUGCGGAGGAAAAACAAGCAUUUCAGGAGCAUUCGGCCCACGCCAACCGUGAGAAGUAAGGCCACCGCGCGGCUUUCCCUCUGCCACGGCUCGGUGCAGCCUGUGGCCUGUGAGAACAGCGAGGACAGGAGCAUCACCCGCGUGGACGAGGGGCUGGAGGACUUCUUUGCCAAAAGGCUCAUCCCAGAGGAGCUGCCCCCCACGGCUCCGGAGACCUGCCCGGGAUCAACCCCUCUGGCCCCCUCCGGCUCCCGCACCCUCAAGAAGAAAAUCGGGAAUUUUUUUGCCUUCAAGAAACCCAAAUCCAGCCGGGGCUCGAGGUGUGAGAAGGAGCCCGAGGGCGGCCCCACUGCCCCCAGGAGCAGGCGCUCAAUGCUCAGUGACAUUUUACGGGCCCCCAGCAAGGCGGGCGAGGCGGGCAAACCGCUGAGUAAAUCGGAGGAGGGAGGGCUCGCUGCCGAGCCCCGGCCGGAGCCCGAGCACUGCCAGACCCCCGACUCUGCCCGCAGGAUCCGGCCCAAGUACUCGCGGGAGGGCAAAUCCCAGUCGCUCAUAUUGCUGUCUGGGGAGGAUGAGGAUGCUCUGGGGGUCAGGCAUGACAAGAAAAGGCACCUGGAGAAGAGCGAGGGGGAGCUGCCCGGCUCCUUCGAGCAACGCGUGCAGGUCAUGCUCCACCGCAUUGGUGUCACCAAGGGCCCGGCCACCGAGGGCAAGAAGCAGCAGAGCAAAGACAGCGAGAUCAAGAAAGCCGGCUCAGAUGGGGACAUCGUGGACAGCUCUGCAGACUCCCCCCCCUCCCUGAAGGCCCGUACGCACUCCGUGUCCACAGACGCACCCUUCCGCAGCCCGGCCGCUGCAAUGGAGCCCAGCGCCGGCCUGGCCGAGCCCCGGCCAGCCUGGAAAGCCCUGGGGAGGCAGCUGCCAUCCGAGCCACAGGGCACCAGCUCCGACCAGCCCCGGUGCUCCUUUGUCCUGGCCGAACCCAGCGGGCUGCCGGAGCCCGGGGGCCGGGAGGGCACCGUCCCCCUGCGCCUGCGGCGGUCACCUGUGUUCAAACGGAGGACCAAGCACGACUCCCUCCCGGAGCCAGAGGGCAAGCCUGGACCGUCCUCGGAUGCCGCAGGUGCCACGCCGCAGGACUGGCCCCAUGCCGGGCUGGAGGAGCUGCAGGCUGGAGCGGGCACCGAAGGCGAGCGGCCGCAAGCCCUGGCACAAACUGUUGCGAAUGCACAAGACUCAGCAGCCGUAGACCAAAGACGCCCGGUGCCAGGCCGGGGGGAGCCAGCCCUGGGACAGUGA